AUGCCGCCAGAACUCAUUCCCGAUGAUGAAGAAUACGCUUCUUCGGAAGACUCUGAUUUCGCGCCCGAUGCGGCCCCGGUUCGAGAUGAUGAGGAGGUAUCUUCCGACUCCGAGCUAGAAGCCGAGUCUGUGAAGACUACGAAGCCAGCCAAGCGAAAACGAGGAACUGAUGCUGAGGAGGCUGAAGAUGCCGGGUUCGAGAACUCUGGUGAUGAGGCGAUUAUAGAGAAGGGGAAGAAGAGACGGAAGAAGAAGGGGAAGAAGGGGAAGAAGGGCAAUGAUGAGGCGGUUGAGGAUGAGGGUGGCGAGGGGGGUUUGGUCAAGACGAGAAGCAUGAGGGCUGCAGAGAAAACAGAGAAGAAAAUUACUUUAGUAGACACGAGCAAAGCUACAAUCGAUGUCGACGCCCUCUGGGCCAACAUGAUAUCGGGCAAACCCAUCACACCCACACCCAUCCCGUCCACCGAACCGCCUGCCAAACCCUCUCAAAGCCCCGACCCAAAACGCAGCACCCUCCCCGUAACAGAAGAAGGCAAGAAAUCCUCCCGCUCGCCAAGCAUAUUCAGCGAAGGUCCCGAUUCCAUGGUUCUCAUCAAGCGAACGUACAAGUUCGCUGGAAAAGUACACACGGAACAGAAACUCGUUCCACGGAAUUCCGCAGAGGCAAAGCUAUAUCUAGCAUCACAGCCAGAUCCAGCAUCCCAAACACAACCCACGGUCGCAGACCUCUCCAAACCCUCAGAUCCUUUCACGAAGCCCAAACGACCGCCUAAAAAAGCUCGACGCUCGAUUUUUGAACCCAUCUCAGAUGCUGUACAGCAAAGAAAGGAUCUACACUUCGGUGGAAGGCCGGCAGUUGGCGUUGUAGGGGCCGUAGGAGGAGCUGGCAAAGAACGGAAACUCAAUACCGUGGAGAAGAGCGCGAUGGAUUGGGCGGGCUUUGUGGAUAAGGAGGGAAUUAAGGAUGAGUUGGAUGCGGCGGGUAAGGCAAAGGGUGCUUAUAGGGCGAGACAGGAGUUCUUGGCGAGGGUGGAGGCUAAGAAGGAGGAGGAGGGUAGGAGGGCUAGGGGGGUGGUGAUGUGA